GCUUCCGUACAUGUGCGUCUAGAGCCAGUUUAGCAUUUCUCUGGUGUGCAUGCGCCACUAGUGAGUCUCAUCGUCCCGCGACGCUAUGACUUGUUGUGGUCUGUCGGAGCGGCACAAUGCACCCUUGCCGCACUCUCCGUGCAAGUGGGUCUCGUUCUUAUAUAAGCAGCCCUUUCCCCAAAUCCUCCCUUCACCCCCGGCCCCCCUGACUGCUCAUUAAAGCCCGCAUUCAGUCGGCACUUCGGAGCAGUCCGGCGUCGCCCUCGACCCGCCUGAAACUUCCCUUUCUUGCCGAUGUGUAUGUUUUUGUUCAAUUGAGUGUCCGUGUCGGACAACUGAGCCCAAUGGACGCGUUCUAAUCCGCCUUUAUUAAUUUUGUUUGAAAGUAGAUCAGUUCACUUUGUGGUAAUUCUCUCGAGAACUAGAAUAGCGGCCUUGUCAUGGUGAGGCCAUCAAGCAUAUGGAGUUCUGAAUGGCUGCCUUGUCAUCAGCCGUCACACGACUUGAUAAACUUUCGUGCCGCCACCCCCCCGGGUGGGUUUCCUCCGUCUGGCCCAAUGUUUACCGUCCACGCCUAAAAUUGGAUGUAAACAACCAAUAUUGCGAUUCGAAGCUCAUGUUCUGUUCCGGCAAGUGGCUGAAGGGGGAAUUGGAGGCCGGGGGUCAGCAGCGGGUGGUUCAUUAGUGCAAGAUCACUCCGCAAACUUUAUUGGCUGUGACAACGUUGAGAUCAUCGAAAAAAAGGAAGGAAGCGGUGGCGGCUUCUCCCUUUCUUUCCACUUAAUGGGGUGACUGUUUCGGAGCCGAGCUCGCCCGGAACGUCCAUCCAAAUGAAAGCCCCCCCCCUACUCGCACGAAGCUUUUUUUUCUCAACGGCUCAGCGCUGCCUCGUUCACUCCGUUGCCCUCUCGGCAAAGGUUCCCCGCGGGCUCCCCCCGCCGCUCUCACAUUCGUCGUCUGGGUCUCCGCCUCUUUCCGAGGAUUUGACGUCUCCCCUCAUGCAGUCCCAGGAGACUUCAUCUGAUUACCCGGCGAGGUCUGGCCAUUGAUGCGAGCCGUCUGCUGGACCUGCGCCUUCGUUGAAGUUCCGCGGGCUCGGCUACGUUUGAGCAUACAUGGAGUGGUUGCGGCUCGCCCACAUCGGGCCGCUUAGUCGCGGCGCGUAGGGUUCGACAGUUUUGGGAUAUUUUGUCACUAGAAACGCGAAAGGGUCGGCACUUGUUUGCCGUCGAGAGGAGUCUUUGUCUGGUGCGCUUUUGAGUCAAGUGGGCAAUGAAGUGGAUCUAUCGUGAGUGAGUGAUGAGCGGUCGGCUGGAGCCGCGUUCGUCCCCUCCCCGCCGACUGCCGCCGUUCCCUGCGGACGGCGCUAAAAGAGAGGCAGGACCAACAGGAUUAUCAUCCUGCGCGUGGAUCUUCUCGGCAUGGAGGUCAUCCUCAGCCUGGUAACCGCCGACACCUCUCCGCCUGCCACCCCCACCACCAUCGAGCGGUCGGAGGUGAGCGGGCCGGGCCAGACGCCCCCCGCGGUCGACUACUCGGCGGCGGACGACCCGCUUCUGGAUCCCCAGCGCACGAAGCUCGCCAUCGCCCAGCUGCAGCAGAAGAUCCUCAAGCUCACCGAGCAAAUUAAGAUCGAGCAGACGGCGCGGGACGACAACGUCGCCGAGUACCUGAAACUGGCCAACAAUGCGGACAAGCAGCAAAGCACGCGGAUUAAGCAGGUUUUUGAGAAAAAGAACCAGAAGUCGGCGCAGACCAUUCAGCAGCUCCAGAGGAAACUGGAUCACUACCACCGGAAACUGCGGGAAGUGGAGCACAACGGUAUCCCGCGGCAACCCAAGGAUGUUCUCCGGGACAUGCAGCAGGGGUUAAAGGACGUGGGGGCCAAGGUGACGGGUUUCAGCGAGGGCGUGGUGGACAGCGUGAAGGGAGGCCUGUCCAGCUUCUCCCAAGCCACCCACUCGGCCGCCGGCGCCGUCGUCUCCAAACCGCGUGAGAUCGCCUCUCUGAUCCGAAACAAGUUCGGCAGCGCGGACAACAUCCCCUCCCUCAAAGACUCGCUGGACGACCCCUCGGGGGAGGAAGGCGUGGUGGGCGCUCGCUCGCUGGGCAGCGCCGGCCACCACCUGCAGUCCAGUCCGAGGUACGGGAGCGAGGACGACUGCUCGAGCGCCACGUCCGGCUCGGCGGGCGCCAAUAGCACCGCGGGGGCGCCCGGGGGUCCCCCCAGCUCGAAGGGGAACACGCUGGAGAGGACCGGCGCCUCCGGCCUGGACAUGCUGCUGCAGGAGGUCCAGGAGCUGAGGGAGGGCCAGGCCAGGCUGGAGGAGAACCUGGAGGGCUUGAAGAGCCACUACCAGCGAGACUACACGGUGGUGAUGCAGGCGCUGCAGGAGGAACGCUUCAGGUGCGAGCGGCUGGAGGAGCAACUCAACGACCUGACGGAACUUCACCAGAACGAGAUCCUGAACCUCAAACAGGAGCUGGCCAGCAUGGAGGAGAAGAUCGCCUACCAGUCGUACGAGAGGGCGCGAGACAUUCAGGAGGCGCUGGAGGCGUGCCAGACCCGGAUUUCCAAGAUGGAGCUGCAGCAGCAGCAACAGCAAGUGGUCCAGUUGGAGGGUCUGGAAAACGCCACGGCCAGGACGCUGCUGGGCAAACUGAUCAACGUGCUGCUGGCCCUCAUGGCCGUCCUUCUGGUCUUCGUGUCCACCGUGGCCAACUGCGUGGUCCCCCUGAUGAGGACGCGCUCGCGGACCCUCUCCACCCUCCUGCUCGUCAUCCUCACGGCCUUCCUGUGGAGAAACUGGGACGCGCUUUCCAGCUACACGCAACGGGCCCUGCAGCCCCCGGGAUGACCCCCCCACCCCCCGCGCGGCGCCGGCACGCGCUACUUUGCUCGCAGCGGCGGGGCGACGAAAGCGGGUCGCGCCGCGAGUUCCGACACCGCAGAACCACUCGGGCGGCUUCGGGCUUCCCCCGAGCCCCGUUUUUGGGAAGCCGCUCGGGGAUCAAGACUCGAGAGGGACGGACCCGAGUGGUCUUCGCCAACGCCUCGGAAGACUGUUUACAUUUCUUUCGGCGGACGGUUCCGUCGCCACGCCUCCCGUAACGCGACGUUUGGACUGUUUCGUUCCUAAUUCCGGAUUUUAACCGUGGAGAUUCUUUGUCGUGAAUUAUUCUUAUUAUUUUAUUCGGUGGUAUGUAGCAUCAGAGGACGAGUCCGGUCGGGAAAGCGGUGCUGGCAGCUCACCUCAAACGAAUGAAUUGGCCUUUUGAAAAGUCGAAAGCGAGCCGCCAAGCGGUCCAUUUGGACCGAAACCUCACCGUGGCUCCUUUUUUUUCUGCUUUUAUUGCUGUGAUGAAAUGUGUUCAAAGGACUACUGAGCAUCUGAUGACUUAACGACUUUUUCCUCGCCGUCUGCGAACUUGAUCCUCCUUUUAACGAUUUCCUUCCAUUAAAUGAAUCUAUGAAAUAUCGGUUGCCGUGAAUUCAAACUUGACACGCGAGCCGGAUUCAAAGAGCGAUUCAGGCGCUCGGAGUCUGGCGCCGGGACGCGCGGUUCCGGUCGGGCGUCCGGCGUAUUCGCGGCACGCGCCGGUGACAUGAAGACAAAACGAGGCGAGCCGCGCGUCAAAGACUCAAAGCAAUUUUGCGUUGUAAUUGCCUCCCCCGUGCCGUGCGGCGCCGGUCCGGCGGGCUGGUCGCGGGUCCGGGUUCUUUCUUUUGCCGCUCUGCUCGUUUAUGAACUUUCCUUCGCACACUCGCUCGCCUUUUGUCGCGGUUGCAUCGGCCCGCGCCAAAACCCGAGUCAAGCCGAGCGCGCCCGACCGGCGGCUGGUGAAUGUCGACACCUGAUUUGGUUUUUUUUUGUAACUUCUGAAUUAUGAAUUGGGACCGCGCGCAAAAGUCGCGACUCUCGCCUGCCGUCUCGUCAAGGUCGCGUUUGGAUCGUCCGGCGCGCGGAAUUUUGAAUCGGACAAAACCGAUGGACCGAACGUUGCACUUUAACACGCAAUUCGAUCAUUUGUACGCGCGAUGCCGGGGGUCCGGAUCGCUUAUCAAUCUCGAUUCCCCGUAAAUUUAAAAAUAAAAAUAAAAAACACUUUCACUUUUUCGAAAUGUUUCCAUUUUUACGGAGCUGAGAGUGAGCUGUUAUUUGACCUCACUGUGACCUUGAUGUUUUUUUUCGUUUGUUUGUUUUGAUAAACCACUCCAGUGCCUUCUGAUAUGCUUUUCCCAAGCUUAGAAUCAAUAAAAAAAUGCAUUCCCUGCUAA